AAGGGAUGAGGCCAAUCAUGAAAGAGCGCGUUAGGCAUGCAGAGACCGACGAUGCCCUUAUGUACAAUACAAAUUCUUUUGAGUCUGCAAGGUACCCUGAAUCCGAGAUCACAGAUGCCCGGCGAAGUCCAUCUAGGAGAUGGUUAGUUAGGUGGGCGGAAAAACGGAUACAUCCACUCGCACCAUUGAGGAAAGGGUGUCCCUACGCCCCCACGCUCACUUUGCUACAAAAACUCGCACGUCCAUCCCCAGCACACGCCCUUUUUGCGAGCUUGCGGGCGCUCGACAGUUCAUCAUCUGCCUCGUCCAACUAGGCUGCUGAGAAUUCACACUCCGCUCAACGCACUUUACCCUCCAUUCUGGAAAUGGGCACCAAGCGACAAGCCAAGUCCGGGUCCAAGAAGAAGCGCCCAGCCAAACCCCGUCCUAAGAGGUAUGGGUGUGAGCUCUGUGGCUCUCUUUUCGACAGACCCUGUUCCCUACGUCAUGUAUGUUGAGCGAAGCGAGCAAACAUUCAGAACCCGCUUUACUGAUACAGUCCCUUUCCCUCGUCGGCGACGACAGCAUUUCCGAACUCACACUGGCGAGAAACCUCACUCUUGUGAUGAUUGCAAUCGCCCCUUCACGACCAAGAGCAAUCUCUACAGGCACAACAGGACCUGCCCCCUUCGUCUGGCGAGAGUUGCCCUCUUUCCGGAGGAGUCUCUCACUGCCACUCCUCAGAGCUUCUCUUUCGUUUAUGAAGACCCCAGGGCGUUCUACCCUAGACGUCGUCGUCGCCGUCAUCAUCACACACCUACUCCUGAGCCUGAAAUUGAAUUAAUUAGCCCGCCUAGCGAGCUCGCGCACGAUGAACAAGACUAUAACACAGAACAGUGUAUCCACGUCGAAAACAACGACAGCUCUACCAUCCCCCACUUUGAACGUGAUGAACAUGCUCCUGUUAUCAACGAUGGUCCUUAUCAUCAUCAUCACCCGCAGCAUCAUGUGCUCGAUCAUGCUCACACGGGUAUGCACCCCGAGCAUCAUCGCGCCCAUCAUCCACGCUAUGUUGGGGAAGGUCACGCUUUCACCGCUCCGUCGUCCUUGAGACAGUCGCCUUCCAACCCAGAUUUGGCAACAGUUAGUGACGAGCAUCAUCGACUUGUCAGCCAUGUCAAUCAGUAUCGAGGUUCGGAGAUCGAGGUUAUUCCAACGAUGGACAUAUCCCAGCAUGGGUAUACUAGUAUUGAUGUGAAUCAGUACCAUGUCCAGAACAGCAGCCACCGGGGUCGCACAAUCAACCAUGACUAUAUUGGGCACGGCGAAUCAUGUGCGCACGCGUUCGAGGAGGCGCCGUUAAUGGCGGCGUCCCACCCUACUUCUUCAUAUCGUUUCUCGACGGGACCGAGCUGGGAUGCCAGGUUUGACGUACCUCGUGUGAUAGACGCCCAUGUUGCUGAUGGCCAGGGUCACGCGGGCUCCAGUUCAGGCGUGACUCACCAAUCCGAUCUCAACUCGCAAGAGAGCAGCUGGAAUGCAAAUCGUUACAACUGGGGUCUAACCCACGAGCUGCACAACCCUCAACCCCAAUAUCAUCCUUCGUAUUCUCAGCAAGGGACAUGGCCAACUGCUGCCGACCACGAUCACCAGCGACAACAGCAGCAACAACCCCACCCGCAAGAGGGGCAACAUCCCUCAGGAGAAUACGAUGGGCGAUACCCUCAUUCAUGGCAGAAUGGGCCUCGUUACCCUCAUUCCAGCUGAAUUCGAGGAACACCUCGGCACACGGCGUGACGAUCGAUGUGAUUAAUUCCGUCGUUCUCAUGUGAUCCCUUUCUUGUGUUACUUCAGGCUCCCGAUCGUUGCUUUCGAGUUGUUCCAAUAUUUGCUGUUGCUCGUUAUCUGUCUUGCGCGUAUAUCUGAACGCGUCCUCUACGUAUUGUUCGUAUAUAAUUUGGGAGUGGCGUGGCGUUGCCCGCGGUGCAUUGGUC